CGACGACGAUCAUUGGAAUAAGCAACAAUCACAUUGCAGAAGGUCCUCCUCAAGGUGCCUCUAUGCUCAUUAUUCUAGUUCCCGUUCACCUCCAGAGAACACAAAGAUGAGGUCGGCAUUGAAUGCUGUCGUCUUAGUUACAUUGACUACAAUCAACUAUCACACGGUUGUGGUUCAUUCCUUUCUAUCUCCCUUCACCCAGACUGCGAGAAGAUUCUCUUCUCUAUCGUAUACCAAUGACCCGAAGUCUCCUAGGCCCGUUGGACAAGUACUGACAAUACCAGUUUUGGGCCCGAUUCCUGGUGGCUCUCCUCUCGUAAUAGGCGAAGAUUUUCUGUUGGAACAACCAACUCCUCUUCAGUGGAACGUGCUGGAAGAAGCCAUGCAUCAUCAUCGUCAACACGCCAAACAACAACGAGAAGAGUCGAGUCAUCUCAAAGUGGCAGGCAUUGAUGCUGCUCCCUUGGUAGCAUUCAUGGACGAUGUCACGUCCAUGUAUUCGAUUCCGGGAGACAGAAGCAAUGCCAAGUAUGCUACCGUGGCGGCUGUCGUGGGCAUUUCAUCCGACCUGGGUGAUGAUACAUCUUCCUCUGAAGGUUUUAUGGAAUCCAUUAUGCGGGUGUUUCGACCGGACCAAAAAGACACGGUGCGCCCUCUGGAAAGCAGCAGCAUUCGAUUAGUAGGCAUUGGCAGAGCGGCACUCUCCAACUUUUAUUCUCGCAUUCCCAGCAGUUACUACGAGGAACAGCAAGACGAGGAUGGCUACCUUGUUCUCUCGGAACAACAAGAACACGACAAUGCCAAAACACCCAUCAUGAUGGCCCAAUUUCGACUGCUGACCGACACGGCAGAACGGUCCUCUGCGUUUGUCGACGACUUUGGGGGGUCCGCAAGGUCGUCUCCUGUGCACGCCUUGUCCGAAAUGGGCAACCUGGCCUCACGAAUCACCUCCCUGCAUGAAGAUCGUAAGGCACUUGUGAGGGGCCUUCAGGCAGCCAAGGCCCGAUUGGCGGUAGCCGCAAAAGCCGACGAAUUGGAAGAUCAUGAUGGAUUGGGCAUGUUGUCCAGUGGAUUCCAAGCGGUCAAUGGUGGUAACAAUCAACAACAGCAGCAGCAAGAUAUAGCUACCUUGCUCUCCGAUUUUCCAGUCGGGGCCGAGUCUUUGUUCCCAAGGAAGAAGAAUAGUCACGAACAACUCCUAGAAAUGGAAAACUACGGCAUGGGCAUCUCCUCUGCGUCCUUCUCAGCCAUUCCCGGCCUCACCAAAGCGCUGGCCGAAAAGUUGCGGCCGUAUCACAGCCCUGAAAAACAGGCCACAGAAGAACACUACUACGAGGUUUUUAGCUUUAUGGGAGUGUUGUCUGUCAACAAGUUCGUCCCAGCGACUGAUCUGGAUUCGGCGCUCAAGUGCACGAAUACAAUCGAACGAAUGAAAUGGCUUUAUGAGACCAUGUGGUCUCAUAAAAACCUGCUUCGAGAUGCUUGCGAAGAAGUCAGCCAAGAACUACGGGAUUGUGGGGAGGAGUGUACGGAUUUGUGGUGAAAUGGGACAGCGAUUGUCCUUUAAGACGUGGCAGCCACGGAGAUGAUGAGGGGGCUAUCAGUAUGCAUGGUUGUUACCAUACUAAAGACCAAUUUUGUUUAUGCCAUCAUUUCCAGCGAGCUAAGAGCGUUUUCAAUUUGACAAUCCGAAUCACUCGAGAAACUGAAAUGUAGUUUGAACUAGGAAAAGGAAGGAAUCAGUCAAGGAGCCGUGCUCUUCUCUGCUGCAUUCGCCGCAUUCUCAUUCAUACUGACAUGUACAACAGUCUGGACGGGCCAAUGAAAUUGGAAAUGCGAAGGUCUGACAAGCAAGGUCAGAGUUUUCACCCAGGAGAAAGUUGUGAAACUCUUCGCAAGUUAUUGUCUUUCCCUACGUCGGCUGUUCGGUUGGCGGCGUCUUCUACCAAGCGGUACUCUGCGGCUGGACAAAGCUCACACAGCGGUUCCACAUCGCUCACACAGCGGUUCCACAUCGUCGCACCCGCACAGAAAUGCUUUGUUUUGCAAACCUUGACCACGGCUUUCAUUGCAUUGGACAUUGUCAAAACUCAGCAUGUAUCGGUGAAGCUCUCCACAAGUAAUCACCUCGGAUCCAUUGUUCAGCAAGGUCCAAUCUUGAAUCAUGAUAUCCGAGUUGGAGGGCGGUUCGCCGUUCGGACACAAUGUACAAGAUGCAUUCACAUUCGGCUCCACCCCAGGACAACCACAGUAGGCGGCAGUGCCCUGGGCUUCCUCGCAUUUUCCGUCCGGUAAGUCUCGAGUCCAAGAGGCCACAUUUCGAAAACCUUCGCAUGCAAGUUGGAUGGACAAACGUCGACAUUGCAAUGGUUCGGAUCAUUCCUACUAGCCAGAGGAUAUUCAAUGCUGGCCGCAGGGAGCAUCCUGGUUGGGAGUGGCUAGUCCCAGGCAAAGGCUAUCCUUCCUCUUUAGAACUGUUAAUUACUACAUUUACAAAGAGUAUAUAUUAUCUUCCGAUAGUAUACACAAAAUGUUGCGAUGGAGGAGGCUGAUACGCUUCAUAACCAUUCAAAUGUUUGGAGUCACCGCACGCAACCACAAUCAACUUUUCAUCCGACAAUUGCUGCAACCAUGGCCUUGUCCAGGACAGCAUCAACGUCAAAACAGUCAGCAAUGAUCACCAACAAAAUGAAAAGGCCCACGUCCAUGUCUUGACCAAAAAUCUCCACAUGAUUCCUCUUCCCUCUGUACUUCCACAUGGCGCAAUCUUCCCCGGUUUCUGGGUCGGUGCAAUACUUUUCCAACGACAUGCGUGGUCCCGAUCUGAUUUGAUACAUUUGCUUGUUUUGAAGCUGGAACACCGUGGUUUCUUUUCCUUGUCGUCUCACUUGAGUAUGGAAGUAGAGCGGGGCAUUUCCUGCUCGUUGGAGUUUAUCAGUAGCUCGUUGCCCUGGAUAGUUGGGUUCCAUUCGAAAGACGUGGAAAGCGCGACCGCAUCGCUUGGCGACGCCCAAUACUUUGUCACCUGAUUGUAGCACCAACUUGCGCUUGCUGGUGUCCACGCUCAACGAAGAACCUCCAAAAGUGGCACCGAGAGUGGUGGCAAUAUAUUCCUUGUCAUAUUUGACGAGAGGAAACUGGGUGGUAUUGGCCGACGACUCUGUGGCUGGUGCUUCCCACAAUGGUGGAAGGCACUCGAGGUCUUCAGGGACACUCUCCUUGACAGAUGAUUGAGAGCUUCCCAUGGUUUUCUUCUUUCAGAUUUGUGUGCACCUAACGGUAUACUAGCGAGUACGCUGUGGGACUAUGCACUUCUUCGCUUCUUCCCCAUCUCAUUUUUGUUUACAAGAUCUCCUCGUCUCUCACCAGUCCGGACCCCCACAACUUCUUAUCUUUUUGAACCUCGCAACUCGUGGCUCAGUCGCGUUAGGUGAAGAUACAGAGUGUGCUUUGUCGU